GCAGAUAGAAACAAUAUGCUGGAGAACCGCUAUGUGCUGGGAGCUCUGGCCACUGUAGUACGGUCUGAAGGCUUCACCUGCAGUGGCAAAGGGGUCUCCCUGCGUGGGCAUCGCUGCCUCGACAACAUGGAUGCACAGCACUGCAAGAUGAAUGGUGAUGCUUUCCAGGAAUCUAUGUACAUUGAAGAGUCCUCAAAUAAAAAUGGUGUGAUUUCUUUGAUUUUCUCUCUGAAAGAAGAAGUUGGAGCAUUGGCCAAAGUUCUGCGUACAUUUGAGGAAAAAGGUAUAAACCUGACCCACAUUGAGUCUCGACCUUCUCGUCUCAACAAAGAUGAGUAUGAAUUCUUCAUUAACUUGGAAGGCAAGAAUGUCCCAGCACUGGACAAGAUCAUCAAGUCCUUGAGAAAUGAUAUCGGAGCAACGGUCCACGAGCUUUCACGAACAAAGAAGAAGGACACUGUGCCAUGGUUCCCAAGAAGUAUCCAGGAGCUGGACAGGUUUGCCAAUCAGAUUCUAAGCUAUGGAGCAGAAUUGGAUGCCGACCAUCCUGGGUUCAAAGAUCCUGUGUACCGGGCCCGGAGGAAGGAAUUUGCAGAUAUCGCCUACAACUACAAACAUGGCCAACCUAUUCCUCGAGUCACCUACACGGAAGAAGAAAAGAAAACAUGGGGCACUGUCUUCAGAGAGCUGAAGAGUCUUUAUCCAACUCAUGCUUGUUAUGAACACAACCACGUGUUCCCACUGCUGGAAAAGUACUGUGGCUACCGGGAGGACAACAUUCCCCAACUUGAAGAUAUUUCAAAAUUCUUGCAGACCUGCACUGGAUUUCGCCUGCGUCCUGUUGCAGGCUUGCUCUCUUCUCGCGAUUUCUUGGCUGGGCUGGCGUUCCGAGUAUUUCACUCUACGCAGUAUAUUCGCCAUGCAUCCAAGCCCAUGUACACACCAGAGCCUGAUAUUUGCCAUGAGCUGCUAGGACAUGUGCCUCUUUUUGCUGAUCCCAGUUUUGCUCAGUUUUCCCAGGAAAUUGGACUGGCAUCUCUGGGAGCUCCGGAUGAUUUCAUCGAGAAACUCGCUACGGUUUAUUGGUUUACGGUGGAGUUUGGACUAUGUAAGGAAGGUGAUUCACUCAAGGCAUAUGGUGCAGGGCUGCUGUCUUCAUUUGGGGAGCUGCAGUAUUGUUUAUCAAGUAAGCCUGAGAUUCAGCCUCUUGUCCUGGAGAAGACUGCUGUGCAGAAGUACCCUGUUACUGAAUUCCAGCCUGUCUACUAUGUUGCUGAAAGUUUUAAAGAUGCAAAAGAAAAGCUAAGGAAAUUUGCUCAAACAAUCCCUCGUCCUUUCUCUGUUCGGUACAAUCCCUACACCCAGAGGAUUGAAGUCUUGGACAAUGCAAAGCAGCUGAAGAACUUAGCCGACACUAUCAAUUGUGAGAUGGGGAUCCUUUGCAAUGCCCUCCAGAAGAUAAAAUGAAGAUUCGCUGUAACUUGCUAAUCACUGGCUACUGACUAGAAGAUGCCAUGUGCAAAUAACAGUCUUCAUCUAGUCUCAGUCUAUUAUCUUCCUGUGUAUUGCAUGAAUGCUUAUGUUAUAUAUCUUAAUUACUAUAGAUUAGCAGACAAAGAGACACCUACAGGUGACCAUUGACUAUUUUUGCCUUCAGACACGAAUCCGUUUUUUCUCACUACUGCAAAAAAUCACCUUAGUUCUGGGAAUCUGAGGAAAGCCUUCAUAUCUCUUGUGCCACAGGUUAGCAGAAGGAGCAGAUCCCCGUGCAGAGCUAUAGCCUGCUGCGGCUGUGAGGUUGCAUUACCACCCUGGGCCCAGAGUCAGGAUGCCGAUGGCUAACAGACUAAUCCACCUUGCUUUCUUUCACAGUCAUUCUCCCCUCAGUCCCUCACAUCUGUGCAAGGUUCCCAUAGACUCCCAAACUCUACACCUUUCAGGGGGUAUACAUAUACUGCUUGGCCCUCUGUUCCUCUACUUGUCUACGCAAGCAACUCUAACCUGAUUUUUUUUUUUUUUUCUAAAAAUGUGAUGUUGCCAUUGAUCCAAAACACAGAUGCUAGUGGAAAAUACAGCAACUAUGCUGCAGCCUCAUUAACAAAGAUUUAUCACUGAUUAAAAAUACACUGUAUUUGCACAAGCACUGAUCCCCAAAAGGUUUGUGCAAGUCAAGAACGCUGAAUGCUGUGAUGUAUCAUUGGUUUGCAGAGCAGAGUCCCUAAGCAAGGCACUGAGACUGCCUAUCCAGAGCAUGGAGUCUGUGCCUCACUACAGUACCCACAAAAAAGCCCCUUCAGAGGAGAGUUAUCUAAAGCCAAGUGUGUGUAGCUUUUUGCAGUUGGAUGUGAGGUCAGUUUGUCAAUACUUUGUGCGAGGAAGGAACCAUGCAGAUGUUUUAACAGGGCAUGAAGGCCUUAUUAGUCCAGUCUCAGAGCUGUGCUGGCUGUAAUGUUGUGUAACGCUGUGGAUUCAGAGCUGAUUCAGGACCAGCCAGCUUACUCGAAGGGGAUACUCCUCUUAAUAGACAUAAUCAGCUACUCACUGUGGAAGGCUGACGUGAGAAAGCUACCUUGUAUGUUUGUGUCCUUCUCUGAGAGUGCUUUAUUCAUCACUGCUACAAGGUGUCUCCUAACUUUCUGGACUCACAAUCCAGGAGAUGGAUACUGACACCUUGGAGAUGGAGAAGUGCUUCUUACAAUGCAGCUGAAGACAUCAGAGCCUUCCAACUCUAACUCACUGUAUCUGUGGCUAGAGUCCCCAUCAAAGCUAUGGAAGACCCGGGUUAGCUGUGUCCCAGUCUGAGUGCCUUCAAACUCACACAUGAUAUCUUUCAAGGCAGCUCCUAAGUCAUGAUACUUUUGGGUGUCUCCUUCCUUCCCCCACUGGAGCUUUAAUCUCACUUUUUUUUUGGUUCAAGCAGUUCUAUUCUUCCUGAAGUAUAGCUUGACUGAGGCAGCAAAUGGAAGCAAGGGUGAAUCCAGCUUAACUCAAUGGCUGAGUCACAGAGAGAGAAGAGCUUGUCUGUUCAGAAAGCUGUUUCUGUAUUUUACCCAAUAACUUUAACUCAAAGCAGCUAAAUGCCCUCCUGGACUGGUCCACAUUGUAUAAUGCCUCCCUGUAGCUCCCUAGUUGAAGGAGAAAGGAGAUCAGCACUUGUACAUUGCAAUAGAAUGGAGCAAAGCAAAGCAGAACAGUACUUCCAACUUGAAACAAUUCUGCAUCAUGAUACUAACAUGAUACAGGAGUCACAUUUCUGUUAGAAGAUCCAAAGAUGGAGAGGGAUUUGAAAGUCCACAAGGCUCAUACCUACUAUUGUAGUACUCUUGUAUUUAUAGUUUGAAAAUCAAUGGAGAUUUAAUGUAAGCAUGAUCCUUUAGGAAGAUAGAAAGUACAGCUGUUUCCAUUAUAUUUAUGGUGGGUAAUAACAUUAAUCUAAGCAUACCAGCUGGAACCCUUUUCAAUAGACAUAUACUUAUGCAAAAUGGUAUCAUUUUGGUGCUUUGAAGUAAGCUUUUUAUCUCUGUGUCUUUUUUCUUCCUUUUUUCUCAUGACAAUGUCUGUGUAGAUCUUUCAGUCCUGCUUGGCAUGUAUGUUCAGUGUGAAAGUAGCCCAUAUUUUUUUCUCCUAACAUAAUAGGACCCAUAAGGUAACUGUGUACCACAAAGAGACAAUUUCAUCUCAAGGGUGAAGUCUUUCAAACGAAUCCUCAGACAGCUUUCCAAGCUCCUCCGCUUCUGGCUGUUGGUAUGAGUGACAGCAGCAGUAAAUCUAUAGUGAUAUCGAAAACCAAGGAUUCAUGGUUGUCUUUUAUGUGCAAGUGGAAUGGUUAAAGAGUACUGAUGCCACAUGUCUGAUUCUGUGUCCCUUAAUGCAGAUUUAAAUGAGCAGUAACUCCAGCCAAAGCAGCAUAACAUAGCUGUUCAGCAACACUGAGAGAUGGGGAAAAAGUUAAAUGCUCAGUAUUUUAAAAACAGAGGAAAUAUACUGAAAUUAGAUUUUGUUGCAGAACAAAUUAGCUUGUGCGUAUAUGCUUUAAGUAGUACCAAUAAGUUGAAUUUUAAAUAGUAUUUCUUAAAGGGUGACUUCUUAUUUCCAUGCUAAAGAAAAUUAAAGUUGUGUAGCAAAUUGGUCAGUUAUCUGGCCAAUGUACCUUCUCUUUGUAAGGCAACCAUACAGGUUGAUCAGAAUUAAAUACCUAGGUAGAAAGGAAUGCCCAUUUGAAGUGGGUUCCAACUCAAAAAAGCUGUCUUGCACUUGCUGAGCAUCACUCAUCCAGACAAGAUCAUGAAACUGAUGUAAAAACAAAUAAACUUGAUGUGUGUAGUUACCUAGAAAUGUACAGCAAAGCCUUGAUUGCUCUACCUUUGCAUACUCAGUAUAUCUUUGUAUGUUACUCUGACUAACCUAUCUCAAGCUACUCUUUUAAGUAAUCUUCCUCUCUUCUAUCCCACUAUGAUCACGUUUUUUGAUGUCCCCAUCUCCAGCUCUAUUUGAUGUGACCAAAAAAGCCCUCUCAUGAGGCCCUCUUCCUUUGCAGUGACCUUGGCCAAGGUCAGUGAUGGUGAUGGAGGGGAAAGUUGUCAGCACAGGUUACACAGAGAGAUGGUCUCCUCUGGGUGUCUUAAGAUGCCUAGAUAUGACAGCAGCCUUGGAGUAGGGAUGCAGAAAUUGUUGAAAGAGGAAUUAAGCACAAGAGGACCCCACAGGAGUGCAUUCUUUUAAAGCCUGUCUCUUUGCUUCAAAACAUUCUGGCAGUUGGCAGAGAAGACUUUUUUCAUGUUCAAAUGUAACCAUUUAAACUAACAUAAAUAAACAGAAAUAUUAAUGCCA